AUGGUGGGCAACGGCAACGUAUUCGUCUACGGCGGCUGGGACGGCAACCAAAUGCUCAACGACCUCCACGUCCUCCACACCGACUUGGUGAGCGCACCGCAGCCGAUUCUGACGUGGAGCAAACCCAUCACGUCGGGGCCGGUGCCGGGGCCUCGCGCCGGCCACACGUCGUCGGCCGUGGGCAACCGGCUCUUCGUGUUCGGCGGCGGCAACGGCAUCCGCUACCUCAACGACCUCCACCUGCUCGACGCCGUGGGCACCAAGCUGGUGGUGAUUGGCGGAGGCGACGACUCGCGCGUCUACAACGACGUGUACGUGCUCGACACAGUGACGAUGUCGUGGACGCGGCCGAUCACAAAGGGUCCCAACCCGACCGGCCGUUGGGGCCACACGGCCACGCUGAUCGGGACCGACCAGCUCCUCAUCUUCGGCGGACACGACGGCACGCGCAUGCUCAACGACGUACACAUCCUCGACACCGAGUCGAUGGCGUGGCAACAGAUCUCGCCCCAUGGGCAGAUUCCAUGUCCUCGGGCCGGACACACCGCCACCAGCGUCACCGGCAAAUUGCUGGUGUUUGGCGGAGGCGACGGCUCGCGCAUCCUCAACGACUUGUAUGUAUUCGACCCGGCGACGUUGACGUUCACGCGGCCAACGCUGCAGCACCCGGCCCACACGCCGGCCGGCCGAUGUGCGCACACGGCCACCCCGCUCGACGACUCCACCCUUCUCGUCUUCGGCGGCGGCGACGGCGGCCGCCGCUUCAAGGACCUCUACCUGCUCGACGCCGAGCAAGUGAUCAAGCCGCCGAAGGAGAAGACCAAGGCCAAGUCGCCCGCGCGACGAGGCUCCGGCGGACACGCCGACGAUAAGCGGAAAAACGACAUCACGGUGUGGCUGAGCGGUCUGGGGCUGCGCAAGUACGUGGACAAGUUCGUGCACGAGGAGAUCGACGUCGACACGCUGCCCUACCUCACCGAGGAACACCUGGAGAAGCUGGGUGUGUCCACAAUUGGAGCGCGACUUAAAAUCCUGGCUGCCGUCGACCAACUACGCGAUGAGCAAGCAGGGCGAGCACUGGCGGGACCGAACCGAAAGCCGAGCGAUACGCUGCGCCGUUCGACGGACCUCGUUGGGGAGAUGAAGCAGUCGCUCGACCUCCUGCUGGUCGCCACCUCCGCCCUCGCCCAGGCCCUCGCCACCCUCUCCUACCCCGACAAGGAAGAAGCGUCGGGAGGCGAGUGCGACGACGAGACCGAAACCGAGUCCGACUUUGACAACUCGUUCACUCCUUCCCCCGUCGCUUCGCCCAGGGACAAGGUGUCGUCUACGGCGUCGAUCGCUGCGGCGUUGUCCAGCAGCGCCGCCGCCGGUGGCGGCGGGGGGCUCAUCCCGACCCCGCCACCGCCACCGCCGCCCCACUUCUACGCGUCGACGACGGACCACAUCAACGCGCUCAACAGCUUCUUCCGCAACCCGGGCAGCUGCCGCGGCAACACCAACACCAACCUCAGCUGCGGCAGCGCCAGCACGCAGAUCAUCCCCGGCGUACACCUCCACCUCCCCAACAACGCCCCCGGCGGCGGCGGUGGCGGCAAGCGGACCAACAACAGCGGCGGCGGUGGCGGCGGCGGUGCGGCGUCGACGAAGGCCAAUCUCAGGCAUUCGCAGGGCAAACUGCCGCAGCACACGGCCAAGCCACCCGCUGGGGGCGGCGACAGGGCGCAGGGUGGCGGGGUGGCAGGCAAUGGCAACGGCGGCGGUGGCGAUGCGGAGAGGAACGCGACCAAGGCGCCGUCUUGA